AGAUCAUUGUCUUAAACCCCAAUAUGCAAAUUUUCAGCUCAAAAUUAUGAUCAUUUUUCCAUAAACGUCUAAUAGACCAUCCCGGUUAAUCACCCUGUAUACGUGCACCAGGGUGCAACCAUUCAACCUUUGAAAUUUUUAGAAUUUCGAUAAAAAAGAGGAUUACCGAGGAAAAACACUAUCAUGUAGUGAAAAAUGGAAACAUUUAAAAUGCUUCUAAUCACUUAAUACCGGGCUGAAAGUCCCCUUUUGAGCCAAAUAUAGGCAGACUCAACAGUUAUUAGCAGAUCUCAUCGAGGAAAUUUCAUAAUUGAAAGUGUCUACACCUAAUCAAUUAUUUUAAUUAGUUUCAGCUCCUCCUAUGACAUGCAGAAUUGAAAACCAUUUCAUUAGGGUUAGGAUAGAUAACAAUUACACGAAAACUGAAUUUUAAAGGAGUCAUUUGAGUCAGUGAAAGCUUCGUAUGAGGUGUACCUUCUGUUCGACAUUGGAAUGAAAGAUAAUCAUGAGACACCACAUCCUCAAGGAUAUGAGAGCACUCCAACAGAGGAUGAAUCCGAGCAAAAAUCGUUCAUAGAAGAAAUCAAAAUAUAUUUUCGUAAUUACUGCAAUCACACAGGUAUUCAUGGCUUCCAGUAUUUUGGACAACAUCGAACUCUUAUUGAAAAGUUAUGUUGGAUCCUCGUAUUCAUGGCAACUUUUAGUGCAUGUUCCUUCUGUAUAUAUCAGAUAUACGAGAAAUGGGCAACCAGUCCGGUAAUCGUGUCAUUGGCUACCAAGGAAACUCCAAUAUAUCAGAUACCAUUUCCUGCUGUUACAAUAUGUCCGACAAUUAAAUUCAGCCAAAAAUGUUUUGACACCGGAAGUUUGAGUACGAAAAAGGUUAAAGGAGGAAAGUUGAGUUUUUUACAGAAGAAAUUUUUAGGUUAUUCGAGAUCAUUAUGUAAAGCAUAUCAUUCAAAUUCUCAUGAAAAUUUUAAGCAAGAAGAUUAUUACAACGACGAUUUUUUCGAGAAACUACUCAAGUGUUCGCCUUUCACAGGUGGUAAUUUUUCUGUGAAAUUCAUGAGCAGAAGGAACAUUGAAUUUAGUGAAGUUUUCCAUCCUAUCAUAACAGAAGAUGGAAUGUGUUUUGCUUUCAAUAUGAUGAACAUGAAGGAAUUGGUCUCUGAUGAAUAUGCUUUGUAUCCUGGACUUGGAGAAGCUGAUGAAACAUCAUCUUGGAUACCACAAGUUGGAUAUCCGGAAGAUGCAAGUCUGGAAACAUAUCCUAGAAGGGCUUUACUGUCAGGUGGUCUGAAUUCUCUUGAAAUUACAAUGGGGCAUUUAGAGAGUGAUAUCGAUUAUAUCUGUAAUGGAAGGGAGCAAGGCUAUAAGGUUCUACUACACAUUCCAUCAAGAUUAGCAAGGCCAGCAUUGGAUUACAUACUAGUGCCAUUCAACAAAGCCACGACAAUUACUGUAAUUCCAGAAAUGAUGUCAACCUCAUCCAGAGUGAAGAAGUACAAUUCGGAGACAAGGAAUUGUUUUUUCCCUGGAGAGAAAGAUCUAAGGUUUUUCAAGGUUUACACGAAAACGAGCUGCGAUAUGGAAUGUCUAUCUAAUUACACAUUGAAUUUCUGUGGAUGUGUUGCUUUUUGGAUGCCUAGACUGAACACAACGAAGAUGUGUGGCCCUGCCAAAUUGAACUGUGUGAUUAUAGCUCGAGAAAAUUAUGAUUUAUCCAAAUUGAGAGAUAAACUGGAAGAAGAGAGGUUGAAGAGGAAAUUAGCUGCUGCAAAGAUGAACAAAACAAUAGAAAGUCUUACAUUUUGGGAGACACACGAACACAACGCGAUGAACGCCGAAAUUGAGAGUCUAGAAGAUCAGAUAGAUUCGGUGAAAUCUAAAUGUAAUUGCAUUCCAAUAUGUAGUGAUUUAACAUACAUUGGAACAGCUACCUCUUUGGAUAUUGAACAGGAGCAAAAAGGAAAAAACACUUUGCACUCGAACAAAUCUACAUUUGGGCUCACCCAGAUAACUAUUUUUUUGAAAACCAACGAGAUUUUCACCAGAGAACGUAAUGAGCUCUAUGGUCUCACAGAUUUUAUAAGUAAUUUUGGAGGAUUGCUUGGACUUUUCAGUGGAUUUUCUAUUUUAUCUUUCAUGGAAAUUGUUUACUAUCUAUCUUUCCGAAUAAUUGGUAAUUUGAAGAAAUUUGGUAGAUGGUAUGGUACUGAAGAAUGAAAAUUAAUGACCUAUGGCUAGAAAUUUCUUAUAACUGGAUAACAUUAUAUCUUCUAAAAAA